UUUCACUUCCUGGAGUAUAAAAAAUACGAUCGAAUUAUCAAAAUCAAAACAAACAUGCAGUAUCGGUUUCAGCGCUUUAUGUUUAAAAUCGUAAAAAUUCACUAAAAUGUUAAGUAACCAUUUAUUCCAGCAACAGAAAAUAGUUCUUCUGAAAGACAAGUUGGGAAUUGAAAGGGAUGCUCAUAAAAUUGUUUCAAAAUUCGUCAACGAGCAAAAAGGAGACAAGGCGCUACUAACCACCGUUGAAUCCCUUACCGAACAAGGAGCAUUUCUGUUUGCCCGCGUUUCGAAACUAUCCAGAUCGCACGAACCAGCCGCACUAUUCCGAUUCGUUCAGCUAUGUCGCAAAAGUCCAUCACUACAGUGCCUAUUCCUGUGGGCAACAGAAAAGAACAUUCUACCAACGAUGCUUGUUGCUUACCUGGAGCACAUGUCCGAACUCAUAGUAACGUUCGAGGACGGCAAACAUCUUUCGAUAUUGGCUAAGAAAUCCACUGGAUCGGUUAGUAAUCGGUUCUAUCGGUAUCAAGCGCUGAACGGUACGCUGUCGAUUGUGGAGAGGAAGAAAUCGGAACGCACGAAAGCUUCAGCUAAUACGACGGUCAUAGAUCCAGCCUCGCUGGGAACAUUUAAAAUCGGUGAUUUGAAGCAAGACGAACAGGAAGCGAAAGAUUCGCUGACUUUGCCGUUUGAAUUCUACAAAACUACUUCCGAAGGGGGCAAAGUACUGUAUCACCCGGAUGCUGAGGACGAUCUGGACGAGGAGGAUCCGGAUGAUGAUUUGCUAAUAUAGUGAGAGUAUUUUUUAUUCAAAA